CUAUAAAAUCUCUUCGUUGCUAAGGCCCGUGUUCAAAUAUGGACGUCCGAUUCUGUAAAUUUAUCUCCUAAACUUUCACGGAACACUCGCUGCGUUUUGGGCCGUUAUCAGAGUAUUUUCUGGUAGUUUAGCCAACCAAGCCAUGGCUGAAUCAGUCAAAGUAGCCGUACGCGUUCGUCCCUUUAAUCAAAGGGAGAAGGACCGCAAUUCAAAAUGCUGCAUCGAUAUGCCGAACAAAACUAUGACUCGUAUCAUCGACCCCGAGAACCCCGACCAAACGCCGAAAGAAUUUUCAUUUGAUUUUUCGUACUGGUCGCACGAUGGUUACGAAGUCAAUGCAGAAGGCCUCUGCGUUCCAACGAGUCCAAAAUAUGCAGAUCAAAGAAACGUAUUUGAUGAUCUUGGACAAGGUGUUCUUAAUAACGCUUUUAAAGGAUUUAAUUGUUCAUUAUUUGCAUAUGGACAAACUGGUGCCGGGAAGUCCUACUCCAUGGUUGGUUAUGGGCCAAACAAGGGCAUUGUUCCAAUUACUUGUGAUGAAUUGUUCAAAAGUAUUGCUGAAAACAAAGAUAAAGGCGAUAUCCGUUACGAGGUGACUUUCAGUAUGCUUGAAAUCUACAACGAGCAAGUUCGAGAUUUGUUAACGAAAGAUAAUCCUAAAGGAGGUUUACAAGUUCGACAAAACCCAAAAUUGGGUUCAUUCUUCGUGCAAGGUUUGAAAAAGGUCGCCGUUGGUAGCUACAAAGAGAUUGAAAAGCGAACGGAAGAAGGUACUUCAAAUCGUACCGUCGCUGCGACUCAGAUGAACGCAACGAGCUCACGUGCUCAUACCGUCGUCACGGUAACCUUUGACCAGAUCAGCAAAAAUGAUUCCGGACAGGAGACGAAGAAAAGCAGUACAAUUAACCUGGUUGAUUUGGCAGGAAGUGAACGUGCCGAUAGCACCGGGGCCACUGGGGAUCGUCUCAAGGAAGGCGCGAACAUCAACAAAAGUUUAUCAGCUCUUGGGAACGUUAUCUCCGCACUUGCUGAUCUCUCAAUGGGAAAGAAGAAAGUCAUGGUUCCCUAUCGUGAUUCUGUGCUUACAAAGUUGCUACAGAAUGCACUGGGUGGCAACAGUAAGACGAUUAUGAUCGCUGCUCUUUCGCCUGCUGAUAUCAACUACGAUGAAACACUCGGAACUUUGAGAUAUGCAGAUCGUGCGAAAAAGAUCAAAAACAAAGCCGUGGUGAAUGAGAACCCAAUGGACAAAUUGAUUCGAGAGCUCAGAGAAGAAAAUGAUAAAUUGAAGAAAUUUUUGGAAGGUGGAGGCGUUGUGCAAGAUGUUGGGGGUGGUGGUCUGAGUGCUGAAGAAAAAGAGAAGAUGAGGAAGGAAAUGGAAGCCGAGAUUCGAGCACAGUUGGCUCUGAAUCAGGAAGCGAUGCAGAGUUGGGAUGAAAAGUUGGAGAAUUCUCGAAGCGAAGAGGUCGGAGACUCGUCGCAGGCGAAAGUUGCGGAUGUUCCACAUCUUGUUAACUUGAACGAAGAUCCGAUGUUGUCUGGAGUGGUCAGACAUUUCCUUGAAGGAGAGGAAAUCACAAUUGGUAGAAAGGAUGCUGAGACUGCUCCAACAAUAACCCUUAGUGGUUUAAGCAUUCAAAAGCAGCAUGCAGUUAUCACGGUGAAGAAUGGCGAGAUUACAAUCAAACCAGCGGUACAAGGCGCCAAGACCAAAGUUAACGGAGUUCCUUUGCCUGGAGAACGCGUUUUAAAGCAUCUCGACAGGGUUUUAUUUGGUUCUAAUCAUCUCUACUAUCUGGUUAAUCCGAAGAACUCAGAGAAGAGCGAAGGUUCGCCGAAUGAAGUGGACUGGAGCUACGCGCAGAAAGAAAUGGCGGAAGCAACUGGUUUCCAAACUGGAUUUGGAAGCGGACUAUCGAAAGAGCAACAGCUAGCCCAAGAGCAAGUCUUGGAAUUAUUGCCGCUGGUUGGUGAAGCAAACGCGAUUAGUGAGGAACUGGACAAACACAAAAACUUUGAGCUCGUGCUAAUAUCUGGAGCUGCCCAGGGGAAUCUAAGUGGAAGUACGAAGGUGAUGGUAAAAAUGACCGAUCUUUUGAAUGGAAAUUCAUGGUUGUGGGACCGGGGGAAGUUUAUGAACCGUCGUUAUCUCAUGCAGGAAUUAUAUCAACGAUUCUUGGACGGUGAUACGACCGUGAAAGAGAUCUCUCACGAAGUGGAUCCAUUCUGGGAACCUCCUGAGGAUCUGCUUGUUGGAACUGCCAACGUUUUCUUACAAAGUCUGGCAUACGCUUUAGAUUUCGAUGAUAAACUCAGUGUUACCGAUUACAAGGGCUCUGAGCAAGCGUCUCUUUACGUGAACGUCACACCUUGCACUCAAAGUGGCAAAUCUUUGGAUGAAGACUAUUUCGUUGAUGAUACGAAGGAACUAGUUGGCAAACCGUAUCAUUACAAGGUAACAAUUCGUACAGCGGAAGUGCACAACUCGCGUUUCUCAAGAGGACUUUACGUUCAAUACAAAACCUACGAUCAGGCAGACGAAUACACGAAAUCUCCUGUGAUAAAAGACUGCUUAUCUCCCGAGUUCAAUCAUUCAACGAUAUUCUCGUUUCCCGCCAUAAGAGACGAACAUCUCGAGUGGUUUGAUAAUGGCUGCAUCACGCUCAUGUUGUAUGCGAUACAAGAAGAGUCCUCUGCUGACGCAAGGCUAUCAAAAAUGACAACAAAGGAAUUACGACAAAUGGACCAAUAUAAACGAACAGACGGUAAUCCGUCCCUAAGAAGAAGCGUCUCGACUAAGGUCGAAGGAAGCAAUGAAAUUGCUCAGCUUAAAUCUGAAAUAAUUUUACUCAAACGACAGAACGAACGGCUGCUGAAGAAAGAGAAGCGACUACAGGCACUUUGUGAAGAAUGGGCGAAGAAACCCGCAACCGAGCAGGAUUUUGGCGCCUUUCAUCGUCAGGUUUCUGCAGCGGCAUAUCACCAGAGCGGACGACUGAAAUACCGAGUUCAUAUGUUGCAGGCGUUACUAAAAGCCCAGCCGACCAUCGAAGCCAAUGGCCAGGCUAAACUCGACGGACCAAAGAAAACUGCCGCGGGCAGUCGCGCGUGUGCUGUCAUGUAAUCCCGCGAGGAACACGCGUGGAAAGUACAUAAUCUCGCAAGGCAUUUACUGACCAAAAUGACUCCUGCAAACAGGCACGGCAAAUUAUUUUUUGCGAUGUAGCAUAACCAUGUAUUAAUAUAUAUACUAUUUAUACCAGCACAUUUAUAGGUCCAUGAAGUGUAACCCAACACUCCAGCACUAAUUCAUAGAUUGAAUUCGAUAAUUUCAUAAUAUGCUGAACAAAUUAACCCUGCAUAUCUCUGGAACCCACUAAAUAUUAUUAAGAGGCAGCUCAGUUAUAUAUAUAAAU